AAAAAGUUUUGUAUGAAAAUGCCUUUACAGUCAUUGUCUUGCAAAAAUAUUUUGUGUAUUCUGUCUGUCCUAAGAAUAUUAAAAAAUGUUGUGGUAGAGAUUUUGUUUGGGGGCAUUAAAAUUUGCUUUUAAAGUUAAGUGUUCUACAGGAAACUCCAAACAGGGGAGAUAUUGGUAAAAUAUAAUGAUUAAAGGAUUUUUAACGUUUGAUUAGAAAAGUGAAAACAAAAAAGAAGAAGCAGGAACGAAAAAAACAUACAAACAAAACAUCAAGUCGUAAUGUGAAUUAGUGGUAUUUGUAAUUAAAUUUUCAAAAAGAAGUGACUAACGGGAAACUAGUAGGUGAUCAGCAGAUCCUAUUGAAUCUACUAAUUAUGAGAAAAAGUAUUUUAAAAUCAGAGCAAAAUAAAUAGGAAACAUUUAAAGGUUUAACGCCUAAACUACUAAGACACACGGAAGAUUGUGGCAAUAAACUGAAGUUAAAAUGAUAUCUGCAAACAAUUUGGAGCCGUUAACACCGCAACGGCACUUGGACAUGAGUAGUGAACAGAAACUAGUAACAUGUAAACGUGUAGGACAGGCCAUAAAUAUGGCUGUCGAUCGUUUAGUGACAAUAGGAGAAAUUAUUGCUGAAGGAUUUCAGGACAUCAAGGCUGAUAUGUUUGACUGUUGCAAAGAUGCUAGGGAUACUGGUAAAUCAAUUGAACAAUUAUGUAUGUCUGGAGAUUUGAUUAAUGAGGCUAGCAGUUUGGCCGUGGGUAUUCCCAAAACAUUUGUUGAUCAUACUGCCAUAAUAUUAGCUUCACGCUCUUUACUAACCUCUAUAACUAGAGUCCUGUUAUUGGUUGAUAUUAUUGUCGUUAAACAACUCUUCACCUUUAAAUAUAAAGACAGUAAAUGUCCCCAGAAUCUGGAAUGUGUUAUGAACUUUACGAAAUUUGUGCAAGCUUUUUCGGCUUUUGGCACAGAAAUGGUUGAAAUGACAUGUUUGACAUCAAACGUUGCCAACAACAGUUUAAAAGAGGAAAGAAGACGUUCAGAAAUUCUCUCAGCCCGCCAGGUUUUGGAUCAUUCUGUCAAGGUAUUGAUAACAUCGUCAAAAGUUUGUAUGAUCCAUUAUAAUUGUGUUAUAGCGAGAGAAAAUCGUAAUACGGUAUUUUGUCAAAUACGACGUGGCAUGGAUCAUAUACAUUUUAUAAUCAAGGAUGCAAUUCUAGAAUCGGAAUGGCAUUCCUCUAAGCAACACUACUCCUAUUACAACAACGACGAGCGUGGCACCAUACAUGCAACCAUACAACACUUUACCUAUCUAAUGCAAUGCUGUCGCUAUAAAACGAAACACAGUGAUCCCUAUUUAAAUGCCAAACUUAAUCACAGUGUCUAUAGGAAAAAGUCGGUCGAAAAGCGUUGGGCAAUUGACAAUAAGAGCAAAAAACUAUACGACUCCGGUGGUCUACCCGAGGGCGAACGUUUGUUAAAUGAAUGCUAUGGAUUGGAUCAUUAUUCCACCAGCAGUAGCAGCAAUAGUCCUAAGUACAAGACAAUCAGUCCAGAUUGCGUGUGCGGUGAUUUGAUUGAAAAGAUUUUGAUAUCAUUCGAUCGGAUAUUGGAAAACAUACAUGAUUUCACAGAUUCUCCCUAUACCAGCCAUGAAAUGCGUGAGAACAUUUUAAUAUAUUGUGAUCACUGUACCAGAGAACUAAAUAAGUACCUAAGAAAUGUUGUUGCCAAACAAGGUGAACAGCAACAAUAUUCCAAAGAUCAUUUUCAAGAUGAAUACAUUGACACUGUGCUAGCUACCGUGAAAACACUUUCAGAACAAUUAAUAAAUUCGGCCAUUGAACAAUCGCGUGAAAUGUUCAAAGCUCUGAAAGUGUCAACGGAACUCGUCAACAACCUUAAUGUGGCCAUUUCUCAGCAAAAUUUGCCGCAUUUUACGCAACAAGUUAAUGAAUUUCAUGAACAUUGUGAUCAUAUUUUAGAAGUAUGUAAGUUAUUACGACAUAUAGCUGUGCAGGAUGCUUUAAAAGAGCAGGCAAGUCACGUUUCGAUUAACCUAAGAAUCUAUGGACCGCAAGUGAUAUUAGCUGCCAAAAUCCUAACUAAAUUUCCUUUAAGCAAUGUGGCUAGUGAAAAUUUUGAUGCCUUUGUAGAAAUGUGGACUUGGCUGGUAUCGGAGGUCACAUUGGUAUCGAAAAAGAUAUUGGAGUCAACGACCGAUAUGAACGAUCAUGAUUUGAAAUAUUUAUCUAUGGGAACGAACGCUGCUGCUGAAGUUAAACCAACUAAAACAGUAAAUUUUCAGAAAGAUUUGCCUGAAAGUGGCAAGGAGUUGGAUUUGGAAACCGAAACUGUUAGGAAAGACCUACAGCCUCGUUGGAAUGAAGAGUUAUGUGAUAAUGAUAUAAUAAAGAGAGCUAAAAACUUAUCGGCCAUGGCGUUUUUAAUGUAUCAGUUUACAAAAGGCAAUGGUUCCCUAAAAACUACACAGGAUCUGUUUACUCAAGCCGAAUAUUUCGCCGAGGAAGCAAAUCGUUUAUAUAAGAUUUUAAGACAAUUUUCUUAUCAGGUUCCUGCAAGUGCACACAAAAAGGAUCUAUUAAACGUUUUAGAUCGUGUGCCGACAUUUGUACAAUCACUACAAUUCACUGUUAAGGAUCAUACCGUAGGUCCAUCAGCUACUUAUGUGAAAGUAGAUCAUGUUAUCAGGGAAACCAAAAAUUUAAUGUGCGUUAUCAAUAGUGUUGUGACAAAGUGCCUAGAAUGUGCUACCAAGUACAACUUGGACUUUAAUAGUGUUGCCGGAGGCAUAACGGCUGGUUCUAUGGGUGCCGAUGACUGUGGCGGUGGAGCCAUGGACUCAAAGGGUACCAGCAAUAGCACCGAAGGAAGCAUGUGACAUUACGGGAUGGCUCGAAGAGCCAAAGGUGACACGCGUCGAACUCGUGUUUCAUUUUUACUUUUCUGAUUGUUAUUCAUCGAAACUCUAGUUGUUAUAUUUCUGAAAACAUUUAAAAUUUCUUUACGCUAUUUAUCGAUGGAUUUAAACGUAAUGUACUUCGUUUAGUGACAAAACAUAAAACUCUGUGGUUUACUUAUAAGAAACCACAAGACAUAUACAUACAUACUUACAUUCUUACAUACUAUAUUGUACAUUAGGAGAAUGAACCAUUUAAAUAUAUAUAAGGAUGUACAGCCGACAUGGUUAAAAUCCCCUUGGUACAAAGUUACCGUUACAUAUUUGAAAAUUCGAUUCUAGUAGAAUCCAUUGACAUUACCAUUUUUAGAGAACUUUUUUUUGUAAAUCGCACAAAAGUAAUUACAUUUAUUAUUAAAUGACAGUUUUCUUCAUUUGUUUAAUAAAUCAAAACUAAUUAAAGGUCGUCAAUCCCUAAUGUACAUUCAUAAGAAUCAAUCGUUGUAAAAAAAACACAGAAUUUUUUCUUUUUCAAAUUACCUAUCUAAGAUUAAUGUUUGUUUACUUACACAUGCUAAAUGUAUUUCUUAAUCUGUAUAAAAAAAGAACAUAAACUAAAAAUGUAUGAAUAAUAUUUAAUAUAAAAAUUUCUUAAUUUAUUAGAAAUUAUUAUUUUCAAUUUGUGGAACGUAGAGCUUAACAAUAUUACCUCAAUGGUUGUUUAUAAUUGUAGUCCUGAGUACAACAUUAAAGUAAUACUUAUAAAAUAAAUAAUAUAUUAUUAAUAAUAUUAUUAAUCACAAUAUUAAGUUUAUAUUUAAUAAUUCAAAUAAAAAAAACAGUAUGUAUUUAAAAAAAUUGAGAGAAAUAGACGGUUAAACUCGAAAAAGUAUAGUUAAAAUAUGUACUAUAACAUUGUAGUAUGUAUGUGACCUAAAGGUGCAUAGAAAUAAGAUGAAACUAAUAUUAAACAUUUUUUUAUUCAAUUAUUUCCUUUACUCUUUCUUAUACAUUUAAACUCGUUUUUUUUUAAAUUUAUUCUUUUUCCAUUUUUUUCUUUAUAAUGAAUUUAAAGCAUAUUUUUCUAGAUAAAAAAAACUUAUUAAUAUUAAAAUAAGAUUUGAAAUCCUUGUAGUAUUUACUGUGCAUGUCUUCUUAGAAAUCGAGCUAAAGUUUUUUCCCCAAUUGCAAAUUAACAAUCUAUAAACAAAAAUCAUAUUUAAAUAUAAUUGCUUUAGUAUUUAUCUUUGAAUUUCAAAUUUAUUAUGUGAAUUAAAUGAUUUUAAGAAGAAAAUAUAA